UUUGUUUGUUUUCUUUUCUUUCUUUCUUUUUUUUUUUUUUUUUAACAAAAGGGAAUCCCUCUUUUUCUCCUGGAUUUGUGGAUGCACCGAUGAGAGAUCCAGCCUUCCCAGGGACUGCCAUGGCUUACCACCCCUUCCACGCUCCCCGGCCGGCCGACUUCCCCAUGUCCGCUUUUCUCGCCGCCGCUCAGCCCUCCUUUUUCCCCGCUCUGGCUCUGCCCCCGGCGGCUCUGGCCAAGCCCAUGCCGGACCCGGGGCUGGCCGGGGCGGCCGAGGCUGGGCUGCACGUCUCGGCUCUGGGCCACCACCACCAGGCAGCCCAUCUGCGCUCCCUCAAGAGCCUGGAGCCCGAGGAGGAGGUGGAGGACGACCCCAAAGUGACGCUGGAAGCCAAAGAGCUUUGGGACCAAUUCCACAAGCUGGGCACCGAGAUGGUGAUCACCAAAUCCGGGAGGAGGAUGUUCCCCCCGUUCAAGGUGCGGGUGAGCGGCCUGGACAAGAAGGCCAAAUACAUUUUGCUCAUGGAUAUAGUUGCGGCCGACGACUGCCGGUACAAAUUCCACAACUCCCGCUGGAUGGUGGCCGGAAAGGCCGACCCGGAGAUGCCCAAACGCAUGUACAUCCACCCCGACAGCCCGGCCACCGGGGAGCAGUGGAUGGCCAAACCCGUUGCCUUUCACAAACUCAAGCUCACCAACAACAUCUCGGACAAACACGGCUUUGUAAGUGUGACCGCGAGGCAGGACGGCCCGGGUCCGCCCGGGGGCAGCGGCCGGGAUUUAGCGGCUCCCUCCCGGGCUCCACCUCUCCAUCCCUUUGCAGAGGAGAAGCCGGGGGCUGACAGCGAUGCGGAGGUGGAGAAGGUGCCUGAGGAGCGGCCAGCGGGCAGCAGCCCCGGUGGGGAGGACACAUCACCCCGUGGCAGCCCACGGUGCACCGACGAGCGGGGCAAGGAGAGGCGCAGCCCAGAGAAAGCCAAGGAUGGAGCAUCCCAGGGGGACGGCCCCGGUGAGGGUCUGUUUGGAGCACGGGGCAUGGAGAAGGACAAAGUGGAAGGGAGAAGGAAAGAGCCGGAGCAGGGCAAGAAGGACGCAGAGGGAGUCGGGCUGGGCAAGGAGGCCUUCGCCCCGCUGAUGGUGCACACGGACAGCCCCCCGCACCUGAGCGCCGGGCAUCUGCAGAGCCUUGCUCUCUCUGGGCUCCAUGGGCAGCAGUUCUUCAGCCCGCUGGGUGCCGGGCAGCCACUCUUCAUCCACCCGGGACAGUUUGCCAUGGCCCCUGGGGCUUUCUCCGCUAUGGGCAUGGGACAUUUGCUGGCCUCGGUGACCGGCGGCGGCAGCCUGGAGAACGGGGCUCUCUCGUCUGCCCCAGGCGCAGCGGGGACGGCCACCCCCUUCCCAUUCCACCUCUCCCAGCACAUGCUGGCUUCUCAGGGAAUCCCGAUGCCCACUUUCGGCGGCCUCUUCCCCUACCCCUACACCUACAUGGCAGCAGCAGCAGCAGCCGCCUCGGCCAUGCCGGCCACCAGCGCAGCCGCCGCCGCCGGGCCGCUGUCCCGCAAUCCCUUCCUGGGCAGCAGCCGCCCUCGCCUGCGCUUCAGCCCCUACCAGCUCCCUGUCAGCAUCCCGCCCAGCACCAACCUGCUCACCACCGGCCUCCCCUCCAGCCUCAACCCCGGCUCUGAGAGCUCUAAGGCGGGCAGCAGCCGUGAGCCCAGCCCCAUCCCCGACGCGCACAAAGCCCAGCGCCCCGCCGUCUCCCCCCCCAAAGGUUCCCUGAAGGAAUCCCUCAACGAACUGCAGAACAUCCAGAGACUGGUGAGCGGGCUGGAGAGCCAGCGGGAGCUGUCGCCCGGCAGGGAGUCCCCCAAGUGACCGACGGGGGGCAGGCAGCCCACCCACCUCCCCCCCCCCCGGGGCUGAGAAGCACUGGUCUUUUGUACAGCACAGUAUAAAUAUUUAUUAAAGGUGGGGGUGGAUGGGGAGGGGGCUCUCCGUAUAGCCGCCCCCCACCCCGAGUGCCACCCCCCAUCCCUGCUCCCUGCCUCGGGGCACGGGGCUGCCCUACGUGCUUUGUCGGAC